AUGGACUCGCUGGUUUCCCUCCUUGUUCUUUCAACUCUACCACAGCUUGUACCUGCAGCUCCCCCUGUGACCCCGGUCAGAGCCGUGGUGCAGCUGGUGUCAGGAGAGUCCCGGGUCUUCUCUGGAGAAAGCGUCCGGAUGAAAUGCAGCGUCCCUGAUGAGUCGUCCCCCCUGGAUUACCUCUGGUUCCUGGGAUCUGAGCAGCUCUCACCGCGAGGGGAGCACUUCUAUCUGUGGAGAGCCAGGGUUCAACAGAGUGGCAAAUAUUACUGCCAGGGAGUCACAGCCAGAGGUGUAAACACCCUCAGGAGUCUUCCUGUGGAGCUGAAUGUGGAUGGAGGAUGGGCGAUUCUGCAGGUGGCGCCUCGUCCCAGCCUCGUCGGAGACACCCUGAAGGUCACGUGUCGCGUACGAGCCACGCCCGAACUUCACGAGGUGAUCCUCUACAAAGACGGCACUGAAAUCAAGAGACAAAACGGCCCCAACCCACAUUUCUACCUGACCAACUUGACCCUCGGGGACGAAGGGAUGUAUGCUUGCCGAGCCUCCUGGGACGCAGACAGACGCACUCGCUCCGUCAUCUCAGUUUACUCUCCAGUGCAGGUCUUAGAGGUUUUGUCUCAGCCAGUGUUGGAGAUUGUUGCCGAUGAUAACCUGAUUCCAGAAAACAAGAUGAAGCUCAUCUGCCACGUCCAAUACAACGCCCGAGCUCCCGCCCCUCCAGUACACUACUAUUUCUAUAAGAACAACAACCAACUGGGAUCAGCAACCUCUGAGAACCAGAAUCUGGUCAAACAGACUCCAGGCCAGUACAGCUGCAAGGCCAAGGUGCAGGAACUGGGGCUCUCCGGCUGGAGUGAACCCAAAGACUUUGGACCAGUGAGAGGAGCACAGACGGUGAAGCCUUCAACUUUUCCUCCCAGUGACCCCCAGUGGCCUUUAGCUCCCCCAGUCUCCUCCCCGGACCACUCCCUCCCUCCUGCAGCCGAGCCAACAGCCGCCCGGCCCUCCCCCACCGCUACUCCUCCUUUUAUUCAGCCUUCACAUCCAGCGCCAAGCACUCUGCAAUCUACACCUCAGGCGUAUUACAGUCCUGCUACGGCUUUCGAUAUAUAUGAGGAAAAUGGUGAAAUGUCAGGAUCAGGUGACGAAGAAUCAGGGGACAUGCCUGAAGAAUCGGGGGACAUGUCUGAUGAAUCAGGUGACAUGUCUGAUGAAUCAGGGGACAUGUCUGGAGAAUCAGGUGACAUGUCUGGAGAACCAGGUGACAAGUCCGAUUUUCAUGUUUCCUAUCCUCCUUCAUGUUCAAAGACUCUGGUGACCUGCCUGAAGUCUUUCCAGAAACUGUCCUAUAGUGGACUCCUUUCAUGCGUGGCAAAACAUUGCUAAAAUGAAUGAUCCUAGCUCAGAGUUAUAAUGCACAUCUGCCACAUCUUAAACUGUCUGAUACCAAUCACAUGCAUGAUGCCACUGUGCUUCCAGUGCACAUUUUUUUUUUUAAAUAAUAAAUUGUUUAACAUUGAUUUUACCAAGUGUCAGCUUCUUGAUCUCAUCUGUACAAAACUAACGGUGUGUUGGGAAUAAUAACUAAUGUCAUAUUGGUUAAAGCAAAUAAAUCUGACCAUGAAUCAUACUGUAUGUACUACCGGAUUUUAUUUCAAAUAAACUCUAUAAUAAACAA